AUGGAGGAAUUUACUAUCAAGCAGGUCGCUGAGCAUAGCAGCCCCGAGGAUGCAUGGCUGAUCAUUCAUGGCCAAGUCUACGACGUCACAAAAUACCUGGCAGAUCAUCCUGGUGGUGCCGAUGUCCUCACAGAAGCAGCCGGUACAGACGCCAGUGAGGACUUCGACAACGCUGGACACUCAGAAGAUGCCUUUGAGAUCAUGAAAGACUGCUGCAUUGGCAAGAUUCAGGGCUUUGAGAAGAAAAAGCCCAAGCUUAAGCCCCUUACACCUGUAAAGGCAGUCAAGAUCCAGACUAGAGGAUCCUCAUCAAUUUCGACUUUGGUCAACUUGGGCUUCAUUGUCUGCGCUGGUGCAGGAGCGUAUUACUUUACUCGCCGCCAAGGGUUCACCGUACCAGACUGGUUGUUGGCGUCGCUACGCAGUGAUUCAACUGGCUCAAGUUUCAUCAAAGGCAUCAUUGUCGGAGGUGGAUCACUCGCAACGGCCAAUGCAGUUGCUGCACAGCGAUUCACCAGUAUGGCGAUGAAGAGCAAGCCCUUCACGAGUUAUCCUGCCCAUAUGAAGGUUCCUAAGCGAGCUCAAGAAGAUACCUUGUUGCAACGAGGACUCUUGGAUCCAGUCACUUACUCGCCACUUCCUCUCAAGCAAAAGACCCUCAUUGCACCAAAUGUUUACCGCUUGACGUUCAGCCUUCCAACCACGAGCACCAUUCUUGGUCUACCAAUCGGGCAGCACGUCACUAUCAAGGCCGACGUUGAUGGAGAGAGCGUCGCGCGAUCAUAUACACCAGUAUCCAACAAUUCCGACCUUGGCGUUCUUGAAUUGGUCAUCAAGGCAUACCCUGAUGGCAAGCUCACAAGCAAGUAUCUAGCGAAGCUCGAGGUUGGAGACGAGGCUCUCUUCAGAGGACCAAAGGGAGCAAUGAAGUAUCAACCAAAUCUCUGUAAGAAGAUCGGCAUGAUCGCAGGUGGCACUGGCAUCACACCAAUGUUCCAGGUCAUUCGUGCUAUCUGCGAACAUGACCGUGACACAACAGAGAUCUCUCUUAUCUAUGCCAACAGGACAGAGCAGGACAUUCUGCUUCGGGAAGAGUUGGACAGAUUUGCUAGGAGAUAUCCCAAGAACUUCAAGGUGUACUAUAUGUUGGAUCAGCCGCCGGCGAAUUGGAAGUUUGGGUCUGGGUAUGUGACUCGAGAGUUGAUGAAGGAGAAACUUCCCUCGCCGAGUGUGGAUUCCAAGGUGUUUCUGUGUGGGCCCCCCGGAAUGGUGAAUGCUUCGAAGAAGGCACUUGUUGAUCUGGGUUUUGAACAGCCCGGGGCGUCAGCUAAGAUGUCGGACCAGAUUUUUGCAUUUUAG